UAACUAUAUUAAAAACUAGGAUUCCCGUAAAAACAGUUAAGUGAAUUCCAUGUUUUAAUUGAAAUUGCUCCCAAGUUUUGUAUUCAAGUUAUUUUCCAACACUCCAAGUUAAUUCUUUUCUCCAAAUUCAAAUUUUGUUAUUCAAUUGUUCUUAAAAAGUUUUAGUUAAAAUCAAAUUCUUUAAAAACAACUUUUUCAAGAAUCGCAUCAAAAUUCCAAUCCCGUAUUAAAAUUCAAUUCCGUAUUAAUUUUCAAAUCAUAAAUUCAACCGAGGAUUAAUUUCAUAUUGAACAAAAUUAGGAAAGAAUCAAAUAAAAAUGUCAGAACAUAUUCCGGCGCUAAAAAGAAAAUACACUAGUACACAGAGAAAAGGAUUUAAUAAAAAAUUAAAAAAGAUUAAGUUUCUUAAUGGAGAAUCUUGGUUACCGUUAGAAGAAUAUCGCCGCUUAAAAAGGGAAAGAGAAGCGAUAAUUUUAGAAAAAUUAAAACUAAUUAAUCCUCCAUUACCUGAGGAAGAACCAAAGAAAAAUAAUGAUGUUCCACCACCACCACCACCAUCACCACCACCACCACCAUCACCACCUCCACUGUAAAAUUGUUCGUUGUAAGAUGAACAUAAUCAGAGCAAACAAUCAAAUUCAUUGAUUUAUAAUUAUAUUAUAAUUGAUUUAUAAAAAGGAAGGAUUUAUAAAAGUAAAAAUCUUGUAAUCAGUAAAUGGGAAAUAUCAUGCAAAGUAAAUACUAAAAAAAAAGUUUUUUUUAAUACAAUUUUUUUCCUUAUUCAAAUAUUUUUACACGAAAAUUUAGAUAAAGAAAAACAAUAAUAUCAAUUUUAAAUAACAAUUUACAAUGCGUCGUAUAAUUGUUUGUUUACCUACUUAUUUACUAAAAAAAAAUUACCACAUCC